AUGAUUAACGCAGGGACUGUAGAAUCGGACAUCUCGGAUACCAAUGCGAUCUACGAGCCCAUCCCAGAAUACGAAACCUUCGUGGUGAAGGACAACACGACGAGACCUACGGCGCUGAACUGCAACGAGAACCCCUCUCUGACCUACUCGGGUGCUUUCGUGUCUGGGAUCUUGCUAGAAAGGGAUGCGGUGCGAGGAAUCCGGUGCACCACUGGCAGUCGGGCGAUGGCCUUCCCCGUUCGUGUGGAUCUGGGAGUUAGCAGUGGAAUGGAUCUUUGCCUCUCCGAAGACGGCCACGGGGAUUGCAUCGUUUCUGCCUGCCCUCUCGGCUUCUUCGUCACUGGGCUUGCAAAAGAGAAUAAUCCUUCGGGCGAUGGAUCGUAUCGUCCCGCGCCGCCCAUCGUCCCAUCUGGCCGUAUUUAA